AUGGGGCCGCCGCCAGCGGACGCGGCCGCUUGGGCGCCGCCCCCUCCACAGCGAGGCCCCAGCUGCGCCGCCGCGGGGCCGCUCGGGCCCGGCAGGCCCGGGGCGGCGCCGAGGAGGGCGUCGCUGCUGGACAAGCUGGUGACGCCCGUGGCGGCCUACGAGCCCGAGUCGCAGGGCUACCUGGCGCUGAGGCCUGGGGACACGGUUCGGGUGAAGUGGCACCAGUGCGAGCCCGCUGGGGACCUGGACACGUACGAGAGCUACAUCUUCGGAGAGCUCAUCGACCCCGUGACCACCUCGACGUCGUGCGGCUGGUUCCCCUUCGAGCUUGUCAGCUUCGUCUCCAGGCCCCGCGCGGAGAUCGACGGUUCUGAUAUGAACGAGUUCUUCGAGCAGGCCUUUGCAGAGGCCGAGAUUCGUCAUUGGUGA